AUGUCUACAACAAAGGCAAUUCCUCCAACUGGUAUUAAAUUAUAUACUCCAGAAUUUUACGCAGCAUGUACACUUGGUGGUAUAGUUGCAUGUGGUCCAACACAUUCAUCUGUUACACCAUUAGAUUUAAUUAAAUGUAGAUUACAAGUCAAUCCAAAAUUAUAUUCGGGUAACUUAGCUGGUAUUAAACAAAUUUAUACAAAGGAAGGGUUUUCUAAAUUAUUUACAGGUGUUGGUGCAACAUUUAUUGGUUAUUCUUUACAAGGUGCAGGUAAAUAUGGUGGUUAUGAAUUUUUUAAACAUACUUAUUCUAAAGCAAUUUGUGGUGAUAAUAUUGAAAAAUUUCAUAAACAUAGAAUUGGGAUUUAUUUAAUGGCAUCAGCAACGGCAGAAUUUUUAGCUGAUUUAAUGUUAUGUCCAUUUGAAGCAAUUAAGGUUAAGCAACAAACUACAAUGCCAUCGUUUUCAAAAAAUUUAUUUGAAGGUCUUCAAAAGACAAUUAAAUCAGAUGGGUUUGCUUCAUUAUAUAAAGGUUUAGUACCAUUAUGGUGUAGACAAAUUCCAUAUACAAUGGUUAAAUUUACAUCAUUUGAAAGAAUCGUUGAAAGUAUUUAUUCUUAUUUACCUACAAAAAAAUCAGAAAUGUCAACAUUACAACAAAUUGGUGUUAGUUUUACUGGUGGUUAUUUAGCAGGUAUUCUUUGUGCAAUCAUAUCACAUCCUGCUGAUGUAAUGGUUUCAAAGAUUAAUAAUGAAAAGAAAAUGGGUCAAAGUAUGGCUCAAGCAUCAAAGAGAAUUUAUCAACAAAUUGGAUUUAUGGGUUUAUGGGUAGGUUUACCAGUAAGAAUCUUUAUGAUUGGUACUUUAACAAGUUUCCAAUGGUUAAUUUACGAUUCAUUCAAAGUUACUGUUGGUUUACCAACUACAGGUUAA